GUGAAACACAUCGUAUCCAUCUUAUGUUUCAGCUGUAGAUUCAUGAAGGCAGCACAGACGAAGCCUGUUUAAUAAGACCUGAAUGAACAAGUGAUCUAACAGGUUUGCCCUUGUGUUUGCUGAUGGUCUGUCAGGUGAUCGCUCUCAACUACGUCUGAUCCGCUCGUAGUUUAUUAACAAAAUGGAACUAAUGGAGGAAAAUUAAAGCUCAAAAAGGCCUGUCCAUGGCAAAAAGACAUGAUUUUCUUUGCCGUUUUGGGUUUGUCCUUUAGAGAAAUUCAACUGUCAAUUUCCGAGGAAUUAGAAUAUAGUAUUUUGGGCAUAUCUGGUGUCUUUUUCCUUAUAGCCCUCUGCCUUCUGAUAUGGCAGAUUUACCGCCACUGCACACGGUUUCCUGUUUCACAAAGACCUGCAGAUGGCCUGUUGGCUAGGAGCGGAGGUUUUCAGUAUGCUACACAAACAAAUGACGCUAAGAUGGAGGUUCUUAAUGAGGAACUGAGCCACCGCCUGUCCCCUGGCACUUCUUACACUAACCUGGGCAGUAGUCUAGAUCUAGCAAGCAUAGCAGAUGUGGAAGAGGAGAACAUCCAGGGAUCUCUACGCUUUUCAUUGUUCUACGAUCAGCUGCAGUCCAGACUGGUGGUAACGGUGCUGGAUGCCCAGGAUCUAGCCGUGCGAGACUUCAGUCACAGUGUGGACCCAUUUGUUUGGGUGCGGUUGCUGUGGGCAGAAAGAGAGGAUGAGGAGCAAGGUUCAAUGCAGUGUGUUCUGGACGAAUGGCAGACACGUUUAGUGAAGAAGAGCUGCAGUCCUGUGUUUGGAGAUCAGUUCUCUUGCACUCUGGCUGAAGAGGAAGUAUCAAAAGUCACUGUUAGAUUUGAGGUUAGGGAUUUUGAUAAAUACUCAAGACAUGAAAUUCUAGGAGAGGCCCGUGCUCCCCUGAACAGUAUGAAGCUCUCAUAUCCCUUGGAGUUAAAAGAGGAACUGCAAGUACCCAAGAAAGACAUGGUUGGUGAGGCACUGCUCUCUCUGAAACACAUGCCUACAUCUCAGAGGCUGGAGGUGGGAGUGUUGAAGAUCCACACAGUAUGUCAUCCCAAUAAGACUGAGAGAGCUCUCUAUGCCAGAACCAGCAUUACCUGCAACCACUGCAAACUUCGACAUCAGAGUACAACGCAGAAGAAGCGCUGGGAAGUGACUGUGUUCAACGAGGUCCUGACCUUUGUGUUGCCAGAUCAACAGAUCAGAGAGUGCACCAUCAUAGUGUCUGUUUACGAAAUUCAGCCUUCAAAGAAGUCUUCCAAGCGUUUGAUUGGUCAUAUCCACAUCAAAAAGAGCAAGACCUCCGAGGACGAGCACUGGAAACUGAUGAUGCAAUCACUACGACAGCCAAUCGCUAAGUGGCAUUCAAUUUUUAUCUAAAGACACCUAAUAUUUAUUGAUACAUGUACACGCUUCCUUUUCGGAGAUAGGAGGCCAUACUUCUGAGUUUUCUGUGUUUUAAGGUUGAAAAGUUGAAACUUGAGGGCUGUCAAGAAAUAUAUAUUUUUUUAUUUAAACCAUGACAAACUGACAACAUAGAACAUGGAGAUACAUGAAGUUUUUCAUUGUACACAUAACAUCAGAUCAGGAACAUUUUUGCCACAAUGUCAAAUAAUGAACUGUGUUUAAUAGCAUCAUAUGGUGGAAAUUACAUUUAAACUGACUGCUGACCAUUGCUGGCAUUAAAAGUUCAAAUUAAAUGUCCUUACAUUAUUUGCUUAGUUUAGAGAUCUCUGGAAAUGAUGUACAAUAAAAUAUGAAAUUCAAAAGUG